AUGGAGAUGGAAGGCUCUGGGCGUCAGAGAGGAUCAGGGGCCGCCUCGGGGCCUCUGUGCUUCUGGACCGUGGCUCGUACCAAACGGCAAACCCACCACAAGUGGCUCUUCCUCCUGAUGUCUCUGCAGAGAGCAGUUAUUGGGCGCAACGAUAACACCAAAAAACCCCAACGCUCGGCUCACGGCGGCCGGCCCCAAGUCCUCGGAGGGACCACAAGGGCCCUUAGAACAACACGAGACAGGACCCGACGCUGCCUUAAUGAUGGCCCACUGCGGCGCUCACAUCUGGCCGACAGAUGUACUUCUCGCUGCGUCUCUCUCACUCUCUCUUCUGCAGGGAAACAUGAGAGCAGGGCUAAUUCGCGCUGCAGCCUCCCACCCACCAGCGCGCAGCCGGACCACCCACAUUCGGAAACGCCUCGCAGUUCUCGGGGCAGAGACGGCAAACCGAAGCCGAGGGAGAGAGAUGUAAGGAUGGGUUAG